UUAUCCCCCCGCUGCCUCUUCUUGCCGGCCUUCCUGCGCCGCCCUCCCCUUGGCAUAGUCCGAGCCCUCCUCGUCACUGCUGCUGGUGUCGACGUCCAUGAUGGGUUUGCGCUUCUGCCCGCCGCUCGCCUUGAGCAAGGCCAGCUGCCGGGCCGUCAUGCGAUGGUCGUCCUCACCCUCACCUGCAUCCAUGGUUAGAGGGAGGGAGCGAAUGGCAGAUCUGCCGAACGCAAGGCACGGCGGGAACAAACAACCUCAGCUUUUAACCCAAUGCAAAGAAUAUCUCAGCGGCCAGGAUCCGGUGAUUUACAUCCAU